AUGACCAGUCUUUCUGCUAAGGACAAGAACACAGUCAAAGCCUUUUGGGCUAAGGUGGCUGGAAAGGAGGAACAAAUCGGCUGUGAUGCUGUCUCCAGGAUGCUGACAGUGUACCCUCAGACCAAGACUUACUUCUCCCACUGGAAGGACCUGCGCCCCGGCUCUGCCCCG